AUACCGACUAGACGGAUCUUAAUUUAUUCAAAAACUAUGUAGAUUUUAACUCAUCAAUUAGUAAUACAUUUUAAAACUUUUAUUUCAUUAACCGACGAAUAAUUAUUUUGUCUAUACAACUUUUUCCAUGGUUAACUAAUUUUACUAUACAGUAUAAAGUAGGAGAUACAUGUCAAGAGAUCUUUAUUGUAAUUAACAACUUCAAAAAACUAGACAUCAGUCGUGUUUUGUUUGUCUUGAAAUUUAACUAAGAUUUACUAUAAUAUAAUUUCCAUCCAUGACAUUAAAAAUGAAUAAAUAACACUUUCAAUUAGCAAGAUAAAAAUUUUCAAUUACUUUCAGGUAAUAAUACAAAAACAACAAAAGUAUUAUAAUUAUGGCGUUUGGCGUAGUGGAUUUCAUAGUUUUUAGUUUAAUAAUCAUUAUAUCUUCUGCCAUUGGCAUUUACUAUCGAUUUACAGGCGGCAAACAAAAAACUACUCAAGAAUAUAUGAUGGGAAACCAAAAUCAAGGUAUCAUACCCGUAGCAUUUUCUUUACUCACCGUUUAUACAUCAUCUUCUUCUCUAUUCGGAGGAAGUGCAGAAAUUUAUAGUCAUGGAACUCAAUUCGUUAUACUCUAUAUAGGAUACAUCAUUGGGACACCAAUAAUAACAUACGUUUUUCUGCCUGUAUUUUUCAAACUAGGGAAACUCUCUGUAUACGAAUAUUUAGAGAAACGGUUUGGAAGACUAACUAGAACUACUGUUUCCAUAGCAUUUAGUAUAAAAACAGUUUUAUAUAUGGCUAUAAUGCUGUAUGCUCCAGCUCUCACAUUUGAAACUAUAAUUGGGGUUUCUCUUGAGUUUUCUAUUGUUUUGGUCGGUGUAGUUUGUAUAGUUUAUUCGGCAAUUGGUGGUAUCAAGGCAAUUAUAGUAACAAGCAUGUUUCAAGUGAUCAUUAUUUUAGGCUCAAUAUUCGCAGUAAUUGGAGUUGCUAUGUAUGAAACAGGUGGCUUAUCAGAAAUUUGGAGUAUUGCUAAACAUGAUGGCCGUAUUGAACUAAAUAAUUUUAACAUAGAUCCAACAGAAAGACAUACAUGGUUAAAUUUGACAUUAGGAGGAAUUUUAAUUUAUUCUAUGAAUGGUAUUACCCAAGUUCAAGUUCAAAAAUAUCUAACCAUGAAAGACAAAACAUCAGCAAUCAAAUGCGUUUGGCUUAGUUUACCAAUUUUAUUAAUAAUAUCAUAUUCAAAAUGCUUCACUGGCUUGGCUAUCUAUUCAAAAUAUCAUAACUGUGAUCCAGUCAAGUCUGGACGUAUUACAAAAGAUGAUCAAUUACUAUCAUUGUAUGUGAUGGAUACAAUGGGAAACAUUCCAGGAAUGACGGGCUUAUUUGUUGCUGGUGUACUAUCGUCAGGAUUGAGUUCUGUAUCGCCAGUUAUUAAUUCAAUGGCUGCUAUCUCAUUAGAAGAUUACAUAAAUCCAUUUAUUAAGGAUGAGUUAACUGACAAGCAAAAAGUAUUUUACUUAAAAUUAUUGGUUGUCUCUUAUGGUAUUUUAUUUAUUUUACUGAGUUUUUUCAUAAAAUAUUUCGGAUCUCUUUUACAAAUGUCUUUAACAUUAACGGGUGUGUUUGGAGGUCCAGUUGUAGCUAUUUUUACGCUUGGAAUGUUAAUACCAUACGCAAAUGAAAAGGGUUCAUUAACUGGUCUCACUUUGGGCCUCAUAUUUUCUUCUAUUCUUUGCUUUGGUGGACCGAAACCGGCUAUCAAAUCCUUACAUAGAAGUAUAAGUGGAUGUACAGUAUUGAAUGAAACUGCCAUUACACUGUUAAAUUCAACUUUAUCUAAUAAUAAAUCAGAUGCCAGUUAUUUUUAUAUAUAUCGUAUAAGUUACAUGUACUAUGUCGUCUUGGGAUUUGCUGUGACUUUCAUAGUAGGAUUAAUAGUAAGCGCAAUGUUUUAUGAUUCGAACCGAGUUGUUGAUCCAGAACUAUUCACGCCAUUUAUAGCAAGUAGAUUAAAAAAAACAAGGAAUUUUAAUAAACGAUAUUCUACUAGUAUGGAGUUAAAACAGCAAAAUGAAACUUUACUUCCUAAGAUUUAAUUUUUUAAGUUAAUUGUCAAGACUAACUUCAGUUUUUAGCUAAAAAUUUCAUUAAAUUUUUAACUUUUUCUUCCAUAACUGAAUUAUUUUUUGUACAAAAACCAACUAUACUUAUUAAUACACAUUCUAAAAUAUCAACCAAAACAGCACUUAUUUAUUUAAAACCAUUUAAUUAUUUUUAUCACUAAGCUUCACCUCAGGCCCGGUGCUUUACGGACCUCAGGCAUAUUAGGUCCUUCCAAACGUCUUUACGGAUAGAAUCUAGUAGAAGUACCCGGCUAUGGGGGGCAUGAUAAGUGUUUUGCACAAAAUAUAUUACCUCAAAAUCAUUGUAACAAAAAUAUAGUAAAAAAUUUAAUUAAUAAAAUAAAGGUGCAUGAAACCCGUAGAGCUCGGCGUCUAGAGGAAAGCGCAGUUUUAAAUAGUAAAAUAAUAUUCAGAGUUCAUACAUUUUUUUUAGGCAUCCUUUAAUUUUCACUUAUUUAUGUAAAAAGUUAUUUUUAUAUACAUUACGAAAUUCAUUGUUUACAAUAUUAUAUUAAAUUAUAUUAUUAUACGUUCAUGCCAAAUAAUUAUAUUUAAAAUCAUUUAAGUAAUUUAUGUUUAUAAUGAAAAUCCAAUAAAAUGAGUUAAUUGCACUAUAUUAUUGUAA